AGCUCUUUCCUGUUUCAGCCCGUAUAGCAGCAUUUUUCAGCUAAUGGGUUGCAACCCAAAAGUGGGUCACAUGAAUAUUUGAAAGGGUCAUGAGGAAGUCCCAGGAAAACCUGCAAAUGUGCAGGUUUCCCCUUGCAGGCUGACAGCAUUCCAGCCUGCAUGUACUGCUUGGGACAAUUGGAGGCAGUGUGCACACAUGUAUCUGCAACCACAGAUACACCUGGCCAGCAUACAGUGAGUUCAGGUUGUGGGAGCAGCCCCAGCUGCUGGAUGCAGAUCCACAGCUGCCUUUGUUCCACUCUCCAUAGCCAGACUUCCAUGUCACCUGUCCUGCUGUCCCACUCCCCAAGAUGCCUACACAGCUGGAGAAUGCUAUGGACACCCUGAUCCGGGUUUUUCACCAUUACUCAGGCAAAGAAGGGGACAAAUACAAACUCAAUAAAGGAGAACUCAAACAGCUCCUCACCAGUGAGCUCACUGAAUUUCUCUCAUGCCAGAAGGAUCCCCAGUUGGUUGAUAAGAUUAUGAGAGAUCUGGACACCAAUAAAGACAAUGAAGUGGAUUUUAAUGAGUUUGUGGUUCUGGUUGCUGCUUUGACUGUAGCAUGCAAUGAUUUCUUUGAAGAACAACUAAAGAACACAGGAAUUUAGAAAUGAUAAGUAAAUCAGUCCCUUAGACACCAAUGUAACUGAAGCAUGCUUAGCUGGUUAGCACUCAUCUGCAUUUUGUGAAUACAGCUAUAUCUUAUGUUACCUUGUUAAUGUAACUAAAUACAAAAGAUCAGAUCACCAGCUAGAGUAAAUUCCAGAGGACCUACGUCAGUGUACACAACCUAAGGGUCUGGCCCUAAGUAUGUUCAAAGAUUUAAUUCUUGCCUUUACCCCAGAUAUUUUUUUCAGCUCACUAAGACACAGACUCCAGAUCAGUUUCUUAAGGGUCACUCACCCUUUCUACAUGUUUGCUGCUUUACCAUUGAGAAGAUUGCCAUCUCCACCUGCAUGCACCCCAGUUUAUUGACCAAAUCUUUCCUGUUGAAAAAUGGGGCUUUGUUGAAAUGUAAUGUAUUCUGGAGGGGGAAGGAGAUUAUCCCAUAUUUGAAAGGGACCAUUUGGAAUGAAACAUCAUUAACUUUUUGCAUUUAGUUUUGAAUUUUCUUGUUU